CAGCCGCGUGGGUGGGGACAGACAAACCGGGUGCGAGCUUCUUCCUGUUCUGCCUCGUUUCCUUUAGCGAGGAAGGGCUGAAGUCGCCCUUUGCCUGGCCGGCGGGGAUGUCAUUUCGUGUGACCGGCAGAUGGCUACCUGUUGCACAGGUGCGAAACGAUGAAAGCCGCCAAGAAGCCGGACCAGGAGCCGGUUGCAUCUCUCCCUGCCCUGUCCUCGCUGCCCAAGCUGCUCUCCGCCCUUUUCUAUGGGACCUGCUCUUUCUUGAUCGUUCUGGUAAACAAGACAGUGCUGACGGUGUACAGAUUCCCAUCUCCAAUGUUUCUAGGAGUAGGACAGAUGGUAACCACUAUUCUCAUCUUAUAUGUGUCAAAAUUAAAUAAAAUCAUUCAUUUCCCUGAUCUUGACAAAAGCAUCCCUAAAAAGUUGUUUCCACUUCCUCUGAUUUAUAUUGGAAAUCAUAUAAGUGGAUUAUCAAGCGUAGGCAAGCUAAGUUUGCCAAUGUUUACAGUCCUGAGGAAGUUUACCAUUCCUCUUACAUUAUUCCUGGAAGUUAUUAUUCUUGGGAAACGCUUUCCCUUGGGCAUUAUAAUCAGUGUGUUUGCAAUCAUUUUGGGGGCCUUGAUAGCAGCAGGAUCAGAUUUAGCUUUCAGCUUGGAAGGCUAUGUUUCUGUUUUUCUGAAUGAUGUCUUCACAGCAGCAAAUGGUGUUUAUACCAAACAAAAAAUUGACCCUCAGAAUCUGGGAAGAUAUGGAGUAAUUUUUUAUAAUGCCUGCUUUAUGGUAAUUCCUACAGUUCUCAUCAGUUUUUUCACUGGAGAUUUCCAGCAGGCCGUGAAUUUCCAGCAGUGGACAAAUGUUUUAUUUGUCUUUCAGUUUCUUCUUUCUUGUGUGCUGGGGUUUCUUCUGAUGUAUUCUACAAUUCUCUGCAGCCAUUAUAAUUCUGCUCUAACAACGGCAGUAGUUGGUGCUAUAAAAAAUGUGUCUGUUGCUUAUAUUGGCAUGCUGUUUGGUGGAGAUUACAUGUUUAAUAUGUUGAACUUCAUUGGACUCAAUAUCAGCAUGGCAGGAGGGCUGAGAUAUUCAUUCUUGGCAAUACAGGGACAGGACAAUCCUGAAUGUCCCUCCAUAGAUGAGGAAAAAGCAAUUCCAGGUUCCAAGAGCUAACUGAAGCAGACAACAUGAAAAACUCUAAAGAUGCCAAUUUAAGCAAACAUAUUUCCUUGGACAGAAGAUGAUAAUUGAAACAUAUAAAAAAUGCACCUGAAAAAACACUUGCUAUAUCAAAGCAAUCUUCAACGUACACAAAAUAGUUUGCAAGCUUUUGAGUUUCCAAGAAUUGUUCGUGAUUAAAAAUCCAAAAAACAAUAUUAAGGGGUAUAUAAAAUGUGACCUUUUUUUUAGGCUAUGUCUGUAAUGGGCUUCAAAUGGUGUGUGAUUUUUAUUUAUUUUUUUGCAGACAUUCAAAAGCAUUCUGUCUGGUACAAAAGUAGCAUUAAUUAACUUGUACCAAAAAAUUUAGCAUACUAAAAAGCAGAGACAUCACCCUGCCAACAAAAGUGUGUAUAGUCAAGGCUAUGGUUUUCCUAGUUGCAAUGUAUGGCUGUGAAAGUUGGACCAUAAGAAAGGCUGAGUGCCAAAGAAUUGAGGCCUUUGAACUCUGGUGCUGGAGAAGACUCCUGCGAGUCCCUUGGAAUGCAAGGCGAUCAAACCGGUCAGUCCUAGAGGAGAUCAACCCUGACUGCUCUUUAGAAGGCCAGAUCCUGAAGAUGAAACUCAAAUACUUUGGCUACCCAAUGAGAAGGAAGGACUCACUGGAGAAAAGUCUAAUGCUGGAAAAGAUUGAGGGUAAAAGAAGAAUAGGACGACAGAGAAUGAGGUGGCUGGAUGGAGUCACUGAAGCAGUAGGCGUGAGCUUAAAGGGAUUCCAGAGGAUGGUAGAGGAUAGGAAGGCCUGGAGGAAUGUUGUCCAUGGGGUCGUGAUGAGUUGGACAUGAUUUCGCAACUAACAACAAAAACAGCAAAACCAAAAAUUUGCUAGGAAGUAGAAAAGAACAAAUAUUUGUUGGUCUCCCUUUUUGAAAUACAGUAGAAAGCUAAAGUCAAAAAUAGAAACAGCAGCUAAAGUCAAAAAUAGAAACAGCAGACUGAUUGUGUUUUGUAAUUUAAACUAACUGUAGCAAGUUUUGUAAUAGAUAGCAGGAGUCAAGGAAUCUUCACUGAGAAUCUAUAGGAUUGGACAAUUUAAAUGAGCCUUGAGUAAUCCAGUCCUCCUGUUGAUACCCUAGAUGUUGAUAUAAAUAGAACACUUGUAUUAAUGGAUUCCAGCCAUUAUCUUUAUUUUGACUAUGUCUGGAUUGUAGGCUGCAAAAUAUUGGUGACUCACUAAUCUUUUGAAUAUGCCUCUGAUUCUUAGAAAGAUCUGUACACUUCUUGGCCAGCCUGAAUUAUGAGGCUUGUCCAUCUCUCAAAGCAAGGCAUUGUAUGAGAUGUCCUUCUAGUUCCACCAAUUUUGAUAAUCUACGGGAAAUAUAACUAUGUGUCAUUUGGAGAGGCAGGAAUAGUCUUUUUGAGUCAAGUGAGACUUGCUAGAAAACUACCCAUUCUCUUUUAAAAGCCAACUAGGACCUCAUAAACAUUCACAUCAGUUUGUCAGUGUCUAGACCACUUGUGGUAACUACAGACCUCUGAUGCAUUGCCCAUUGGGUAAUCUACAGAUUGAAUGUACAUAAUCUGUAUCUAAAGUAGCAACUAUAGGCUCUGGUUCUUUACUUCCACGACUAUCAUUGUG